CCUUCACAAAAGACUAGAGGAGGGUAACUUGGAUCCAAAAGAACUCAUCGUUGCGAAAGCUGGACAGAAGAAAGACUUCCCUAAUGGUAUCAUCGAAUGUGGUGCAGAUGCUCUCCGAUUCGCUCUUGUAUCUUGCACUGCUCAGGUUCAUGCUUCCGGUUAUUAAUAUGUUUAUUUAGUGCUCGUCAACUUUCUGCUGCUUUCAUUGAUGUUGUUUCCCUCUUUUUCAGUCCGAUAAAAUAAAUUUGGACAUUCAAAGAGUUGUUGGAUAUCGUCCAUGGUGUAACAAAUUGUGGAAUGCUGUUCGAUUUGCUAUGAGCAAACUUGAAAUUGGUUAUGCCCUUCCACUGGCUCUAAGUAUGGAAACAAUGCCUUUUAGCUGCAAGUGGAUACUCUCGGUACUUAACAAAGCUGUAUCCAAAACAGUUUCAGCAAUGAAUUCAUGAGUUUUCAGAUGCUGCCAGCACAGUGUAUUCGUGGUGGAAAUAUCAGUUGUGUGCUGUUUUCAUUGAAGCAAUCAAACCUUACUUUACUGGCAAUGAUCCAGCAUAUGCCUCUGCAAAGAAUUCUGCAAAAGAUUGUCUUUGGGUGUGUUUGGACAAUGGCCUGCGAUUGUUCAUCCAUUUAUGCCAUUUAUUACUGAGGAACUGUGGCAAUGCCUUCCUCCAGCUGGAGAGCAUACCAGAAAAGAGUCUAUUAUGAUAUCUGAAUAUCCAUCAACUGUAGAAGCCUGGACAAAUGAGAGGUUGGAAUAUGAAAUGGACCUUGUUGAGGCCACUGUGAAGUGUAUAAGAUCUCUGCGGGCUGAGGUGCUUGGUAACCCAAAAAAUGAAAGACUACCGGUGUUUGCAUUUUGUCAAAGUGAUGCAGUAGCAGAAACUAUUGCUAGCCAUGAAUUGGAGAUUUCAACUCUUGCUACUUUAUCAUCCUUCCAGGAGGAGAGCUUGAGAAGAUCAGAAAUAAAAUGGAUGAUAUACAAAAGCAAUGGGACAAGUUGGAUAAGAUGGUUAAUGCUGCAGGCUAUAAAGAAAAAGUACCAUAUCAUUUUCAGGAGGAGAAUGCUGAAAAGCUGGCGAAACUACUUCAAGAGAUGGAAUUCUUUAAAAAAGAGAGCUCCCGGCUUGAAGCUGUGAUUAGAACCGAGGGUAAAUAGAAUUAAAGAUUCAAACCUGUUGACCUCAUAGAUCAAUUAAAAUAGGUGAACAGAGCUAGAAAGAGAAAGGCAGGGGAGCAAAUGAGGGAAGUCUGAAGGGGACAAAAGCUGACGGAGGUUUUGAGGAAUAAUAAAGAUCAGGUGGUGGUUUCUUUUAUGCCCAUUCAGCAGUACCCAUUCAUUUUUGUUAUAUUUUUGAGCUAGAGUGGAUGCUAUAACUUAAGUUAUUAAUUUUAUGUGUAGGUAAUACAUUUAAGAUUUCACUUUUCCAAAAUGAGAAAGGGGCAGAAACUUGUCA